AAGGCCAAAUUUUUAAAAAGGAAAAUUAUCUUCUUCUCCCACACCGCGUUGAGUUUUUAAAUGGGUUUCAACUCCCCCCGAACUUCAGAAACGGCAGAGGGUUUUCAAAAUGAGCUCACUAACAUUUGCAGUUAUACAGUUCGCUGUUAUCUUACUUGCAUUGGAGGCACACUGCACUGAAGCACUUAACAGUGAUGGAACUGUUCUACUCUCUCUUCUCAAUUACUUCAAUGCACCUGCCGACAUUUUCAGCAGCUGGAAUUCCUCCAGCGAAUAUCCCUGCAACUGGACAGGAGUCACCUGUUCUCCAGAUCAUACGGUGAGUACACUCAAUCUAGCUGGAAGCCAAGUCUCUGGAACCCUGUCUUCGGCUAUCUGUGAUUUACACAAUUUGAAAGAACUGUAUUUGGGCUCUAACAGUCUGUCUGGUACCAUUCCUCCUGAACUAGGAAAUUGUACACAGUUAGAGUCUUUAGAUCUCUCGGACAACAAUCUCCAUGGGCAAAUCCCUUUCCAACUGGGUAGCCUCAAAAAGCUCAGUUAUUUGUCGAUCUAUGAUAACCACAUGAGCGGAAGCAUUCCCCUGUCCAUAUUUGGGCUUCCACAGCUGGAGGAGAUUUUCUUGAAUGACAACAAUUUGAGCGGAGAGAUCCCGUCAAAUGUUGGGAAUCUUACUCAACUGGCCAAGUUAUGGUUGGGAGGAAAUUCCUUAGUAGGGAAGAUACCUUCAUCUAUUGUCAAUUGUAGGCAUCUAGAAGAGCUUUAUCUGUACAGCAAUGAGCUGGUUGGAGAAUUGCCAGAGUCCCUGGGCCGGCUUUCAAAAUUAAAAAUACUGUAUGUUACUUCCAAUAAGCUUCAUGGCCAAAUUCCCAAAGCACUUGGUAACUGCACAAAUCUCAUCCAACUUGAACUGUCCAACAACUCUUUCAGUGGAAGAAUACCUUGGGAGUUAGUCAAUUGUAGCAGCCUGGUCAUGUUGUCAUCCACCCAAAAUCAGCUCACAGGGAGCAUACCCUCCUCCCUUGGAUCACUGCAACAACUAUCCCAACUUUAUUUGAAUCAAAAUUUCUUGUCUGGAAAUAUCCCUGGAGAACUUGGGAAUUGCAGCCUUAUGGAAGACUUGAGGUUGCAUAGUAAUAAGCUUGAGGGGUCCAUUCCUCCCGAGUUGGGUCGACUGAGGCGUUUGCGAAAUUUGUUCUUGUUCGAGAAUUCACUCCAUGGCCCAAUCCCUCCACAGCUUUUCGAAGCAAAGAGCUUACAGAAUCUGUCUCUGUACAACAACAGUCUCACAGGAAGCAUAUCUCCAAAGAUUUGCAAUCUCAGACGGUUACAAGAACUAUUUUUGCAUUUUAACCAGCUAUCAGGCCCAAUACCUGCAAGAUUGGGUGCCAGGAACAAUUUCACAGAAAUUGAUCUAACGGGGAACCGGCUCACAGGGACGAUACCUCCAGCUCUUUGCUCUUCAGGGCAAUUGAAGAUUCUAGUCAUGGGAUACAAUCAGUUCGAAGGGAGCGUUCCUACAGAUAUUGGUAAAUGCAGGAGCUUAAGGCGAUUGAUACUGAGCCACAACCAUCUAACUGGUCUUCUUCCCUCAGGUUUUCUGGGUUCCAAUUCAGUUAUUUAUUACCUCGACAUGAGCAGAAAUAAGUUGCAGGGGAGAAUACCAUCGAGCCUUGGGCAGUGCAAAAAUCUCAGCUCCGUGGACCUGUCCAUGAAUGAAUUGAAUAGCUCUAUUCCUCAAGAAUUGGGACAGCUUUCUAAGCUACAGCGACUGAAUCUUUCCUCCAACAGACUGACUGGUCCAAUCCCUCAGGAGCUUGGUAAAUCAUCUCUCUUGUUUUCUCUUGACUUGAGUUUUAACUCAUUGAAUGGUUUGCUACCAAACCAGCUAGAGCGUCUAGAAAAAUUGCAGCAUCUAGUUUUACAAGGAAACAAUCUUGGCGGAAACAUUCCUGACUGGUUGUCCAAUUUGACCCAAAUGAGUGAACUAAAUCUGGGACAGAACCAAUUCCAAGGUGAAAUUCCCUCAUCACUUGGACGAUUACAGGAGCUAAACACCAAUUUGAACUUAGCCCAUAACAGGUUGAGUGGAGCAAUUCCGGCGGCCCUGGGAAAUCUAAAUAAGCUAGUGAACUUGGAUUUGUCAUCCAAUAAUCUCUCUGGCAUCAUUCCAUCUGCGCUUGACAGUCUUUUGUCCCUCGACGCAGUCAACGUCUCCAAUAAUCAGCUCAAGGGAUGUCUACCCAAGUUAUGGUUGAAGUUAUGGAAUUCUUCCUCAAGCUCAUUCACUGGCAAUCCAGGUUUGUGUGUAGCAGAGAAUGGCAGCAGUUCAUGUAACUGCUGGGGCUACAUGCCUCUUUCUUACAAGGAAAGCACACAUCUCAGCAGCUUCCAUAUUGUCCUCAUUAUAAUCGGAUCUGUUGUGUUUACUUGUUUCCUAGUGGCUGUGCCUGUCAUUUUAUAUUUACGGAGAAAUUUAUACCCCAAAACCAGGCCCUCAUCCGGAGCUACUGGAGAAUUGCCUUCAAAACUAUACCAAUAUUUCCAAGCAACGGAAUAUCUAAGCGAGAAGUAUAUAAUAGGAAAAGGGGGCAGAGGGGUUGUUUACAGAGUGCAGUUGCCUUCCGGGCAACUGUACGCCUUGAAGACAAUACAAUUGGCGUCUGAAAAGAAAGAGGACACGAGCAUUAAAAGAGAGGUCCAAACUGCCGGAAAAAUCCGUCACAGAAAUUUGGUUAAACUGUUGGAGUUCUGGCAACUGCAAGAUCGGGGAUAUAUUCUAUACGAAUUCAUGCCCAAUGGGAGUUUGAAUGAUGUAUUACAUGAGAUGAAUCCCCUUCCAGUUUUGGGAUGGGAUAUUCGUUACAAGAUAGCCAUUGGGACAGCCCAUGGUCUAUCAUACCUUCACCAUAACUGUGAUCCUGAGAUUAUACACAGAGAUAUCAAGCCCAGCAAUAUACUGCUGGAUUCAGAUAUGGAACCUCACAUUUCUGAUUUUGGUAUUGCUAAACUCAUGGACAGAUCCUACGCUGUUGAUUCUUCCUCUGUUUUGGGUACUCUAGGCUACAUUGCACCUGAACGUGGACAAACAACCAAAGUGACAGAGAAGAUGGACGUUUACAGCUAUGGUGUGGUGUUGCUGGAAUUGAUAACGAGGAAAAAGGCAUUGGAUUCGAGCUUUGCAGAGGGAAUGGGCAUUGUGAGCUGGGUAAAAUCAUUCGGUGAAGCAGAGCAUGCAGUGAUUGACGAACAGCUUAGAGAUGAAGGCAUGGAAUCAGACAUAGAAGAAGAGAUAGUGGGUACCAUUAGAGUAGCACUGAAAUGCACAGAAAGUAACCCAAAUGACAGGCCAAGCAUGAAACAAGUGGUAGACAUGUUAGGAGAAAUUAGGCUCAUCAAAUCUUCAAGCGUAAAGAGGGGUAAACGGGUUACAAAUAGCUCUGGCAGAGGGUGAAGCUGUGGCACAGAAAUUUCAAGCAUCAAUGUUGCAGACUUUUGCACGGAAGUUGUCUGUGGUUUGGCAUUUGCCACCGUUUAGUUGUUGCUAAGUUUUCUGUGCAGUGUGCAGUGUGCACUGCAUACAGAAUAUAUUACCACAAACUUUAUUCAAUUGCUAAAAAGAAUCUUCCGCUCUGUUUAAAAUAUUU